GCGGCGGCGGCUCUGGGCCGAGGGCUGCGCCCUACUCCCUCCGCCUGGCAGCUCCGAGGUCCUCUCGCAGGCCGCAGCCGGCUGCUCUGCCCCGCCGCCUGCGGAGGGGGCGCGCCGGCUGUGGCGGCUGCCUCUCACCAGUCGGGGGCCGGGGAAGGCGAGCGCUACUGCAUGGAGCUGCUGCGGAAACGUGACUAUGAAGGGUUCCUCUGUUCGUUACUGUUGCCUGCAGAGUGCCGUCGCUCUGCUUUUGCCCUGAGAGCCUUCAAUGUAGAACUAGCCCAGAUUAAAGAAUCCGUAACCCAGAAGACAAUCGGCUUGAUGAGAAUACAGUUUUGGAGGAAGGCUGUGGAAGACAUGUAUCAUGACAACCCACCACAACAACCAGUUGCCGUAGAGCUGUGGAAGGCAAUCAAGAGGCAAAAAUUAACCAAAAGGUGGCUUAUGAAGAUUAUUGAUGAAAGGGAAAAGAAUAUGGAUGAUAGAGCCUAUCGGGAUAUCGGUGAGCUUGAAGCAUAUGCUGAAAACACCCAAAGUGCAAUCCUUUAUCUGACGCUGGAAAUGCUUGGUGUGAAGGACCUCCAUGCUGACCACGCUGCCAGUCACAUCGGGAAAGCACAAGGCAUUGUAACCUGCUUAAGAGCGACUCCGUUCCAUGCUAGCAGAGGGAAGGUGUUUCUGCCCAUGGACAUAUGUAUGCUGCAUGGUGUUUCGCAAGAGGAUUUCAUCAGACGUAAUCAGGAGAAGAAAAUGAGAGAUGUAAUUUAUGACAUUGCCAGUCAGGCACAUGUACAUCUGGAGCACGCUAGGUCCUUCAAAAAGAACGUUCCUGUUAAAGCAUUUCCUGCCUUUCUCUAUACCGCUGCUCUUGAGGAUUAUUUGAAUAAAAUACAAAAAGUUGACUUUGAUAUAUUUCAUCCAAGUUUGCACAGGAAGAGCACUUUGCUACCUUUGCAUUUGUAUAUUAGAUCCUGGAAAAAAACAUAUUAAAGUAUAUUCGACAUGA